AUGCAUGAAAACCUAGCUAUAGUUUCUUCACUAGGCGAUCCCUACGGACCAAAUAUAAAAGCUUUUAACCCCAAGUCUACAGAACCAGAAGGUUUGUUGGUUUACAGUAUCAUAAGUAAAAACCGGAGCAACACCGAAUCAUCUGGUGAUUUUACUGGCUUCGGUUUCACUAUAGAAACAGUAAAUAUUCCUCAACACUCAAAGGAUAAGAGUGGUUCACGAACUAAUUAUGGUAUUUUAAUUGGAGCCCCCUUUGAUAGUUCUACGAAACAAUACAAUCCUAAUCAUGGAAGGGUGUAUAUCAAGGGACUCGAAAAAAUGAGUUUUUUGGAUAUUCCAUAG